CUCCGACUCGCAGAUCCCCUUGAGUAAGGAGGAAAUCGAAGAUGUCUUUAUCGACCUCGCAAACAAAUUUGGCUUCCAGCGGGAUUCGAUGAGGAACGUCUACGAUCAUCUCAUGAUUCAACUUGAUUCAAGGGCCUCUCGAAUGUCACCCUCUCAAGCUUUGUUGACCCUACAUGCAGAUUACAUUGGCGGAGAACAUGCCAACUAUCGUAAAUGGUACUUUGCGGCUCAACUCGAUCUUGACGAUGCCAUUGGCCAAACUUCCAAUACCAUCCUCGGUACUACCGCCGCUUCCAAGCUCAAAUCAGCAUCAGCCAAAUCACUCGAAUCUGCUCGUAAUCGAUGGCGCCAAGCAAUGUCAAACAUGUCAUCGUACGAUCGCAUGCGCCAGCUGGCACUCUAUCUCUUAUGCUGGGGCGAAGCUGCUCAAGUCCGAUUCAUGCCAGAGUGUUUGUGCUUCAUCUUCAAAUGUGCCGACGACUAUUACCGCUCGAGUGAAUGUCAAAAUAGAAUCGAACCUGUCCCCGAAGGACUCUAUCUCCGUGCCGUCAUACGCCCGUUGUACAGGUUCUUCAGGGAUCAAGGAUACGAAUUCAUUGAUGGUGUCUAUCUGCGUCGGGGAAAGGGAUCACCACGAAAAUCAUUGGAUAUGAUGAUUUUAACUCCUUGUUUUGGUACCCCGAAGGCAUUGCCAAAAUCACUCUCAAUGACAGAACUCGAUUGAUAGAUAUUCCUCUUGCGCAGCGAUACAUGAAGUUUGAUAAGAUCGAGUGGCGUCAAGCGUUCUUCAAAACGUAUCUUGAAAAGCGAUCUUUUGGACACAUGAUUGUCAACUUCAACCGAAUUUGGGUAUUACACAUAAGUGUGUAUUGGUAUUUCACCGCUUACAACGCACCUUCUAUCUACACCUUGCCUAAUCAACGAGCACCAGCCAAAGCCAUGCAAUGGUCCGCUGUAGCGCUGGGGGGAGCCGUAUCAACUUUAAUCAUGAUCAUUGCAACCAUGAUUGAAUUUUCAUAUGUUCCCACGACCUGGAAUAAUACCUCCCAUCUCGCUCGAAGAGGCACCUUCCUUCUGCUCACCCUCGCUCUCACCGCUGGACCCACCGUAUACAUUGCCGGCUUUGAUCGUGACUCUUCUACUGCUUGGAUCCUCUCUAUGGUCCAGUUUGGAAUAUCGGUGGUGGCCACGAUCUUGUUUUCUAUCGUCCCUUCAGCCAGAAUGUUUGGCGAUAAGGUCUCCGGUCAGGCGCGCAAGUAUCUAGCAAAUCAAACUUUCACCGCAUCCUAUCCUAAGCUGGAAAACGCCUCGCGAGCUGCUUCGAUUGCACUAUGGUCCCUCGUGUUCUCCUGCAAGUUUGUGGAAUCCUACUUCUUCUUGACUCUCAGUUUCGAGAAUCCCAUUCAGGUCAUGGUUGGUAUGAAAGUUCAAGGCUGUAGCGACAAGAUAUUUGGAUCUGUUCUUUGUCGUAAUCAACCUGCAUUUGCUUUGACUGUGAUGUUUGUCAUGGAUCUCACCCUGUUCUUCUUGGAUACAUUCUUAUGGUAUGUUAUCUGGAAUACGGUUUUCUCCAUCGCCAGAUCGUUUUCCUUGGGCCUCUCGAUCUGGACACCUUGGUCGGACAUUUUCACAAGGCUACCCAAGCGAAUCUAUGCCAAAGUCCUAGCCACGUCUGAGAUGCAAGCCCGAUACAAGCCCAAGGUUUUGGUCUCUCAAAUCUGGAAUGCCAUCAUAAUCUCGAUGUAUCGGGAACAUCUCCUAAGUAUCGAUCACGUUCAAAGGUUGCUAUAUCACCAAGUUCCUAGCGAGAACGAAGGCAAACGAACGCUGCGGGCUCCGAUGUUUUUCAUCUCUCAAGAGGAUAAAGGACUCAAGUCGGAAUUCUUCCCUCCAGGAAGUGAAGCCGAAAGAAGAAUUUCAUUCUUUGCCCAAUCACUAACAACAUCUAUCCCUGAACCACUCCCGGUCGAUGCUAUGCCCACUUUCACCGUUUUGACACCUCACUAUUCUGAGAAAAUUUUGCUCUCCUUGAGAGAAAUCAUUCGAGAAGAAGAUCAAAACGCCCGUGUCACAUUACUAGAGUAUCUGAAACAGCUUCAUCCAGUCGAAUGGGACAAUUUUGUUCGAGACACCAAGAUUCUAGCUGAAGAAGCCAACGUCUUCCCCUCUUACGCGUUUGCAAAUGGUCAAGGCAACACCAAUUCGAGCGAUGAGAAGGUUGAAAAGAAGAAGAAAACAGACGACAUUCCAUUUUACACCAUUGGAUUCAAAUCCGCCGCCCCUGAAUACACCCUCCGAACACGCAUUUGGGCGUCUUUAAGAGCUCAGACCUUGUACCGAACAGUCUCUGGAUUUAUGAAUUACUCCAAAGCCAUCAAGUUGCUCUAUCGUGUCGAAAACCCGGAGGUAGUUCAGCUGUACGGUGGAAACACUGAAAAACUUGAGCGUGAAUUGGAACGAAUGUCGAGGCGUAAAUUCCGAUUUGUUGUUUCUAUGCAACGAUACUCCAAAUUCAGCAAGGAAGAGGUCGAAAACACCGAAUUCUUGCUAAGAGCCUACCCAGAUUUGCAGAUCGCAUAUCUGGAAGAAGAUCGCGAAAGGAAGGAAGGAGGUGAAACAAGGAUUUACUCCGCACUGAUUGAUGGUCAUUCUGAGAUUCUUCCGGACGGUCGAAGACGACCGAAGUUCCGAGUCGAACUACCGGGUAACCCGAUUUUGGGUGAUGGAAAGUCGGACAAUCAGAAUCAUUCAAUUAUCUUUCAUCGAGGUGAAUACGUGCAACUGAUUGAUGCCAAUCAAGAUAAUUAUCUCGAAGAAUGUCUCAAGAUCCGUAACAUGCUGGGAGAGUUCGAAGAUUUCCAUGUUUCCAAUCAGUCUCCUUAUUCGGCCGCUGGUGCUAAAGAAUUCUGCAAAUUUCCCGUUGCUAUCGUUGGUGCCCGUGAAUACAUCUUUUCGGAAAACAUCGGAGUGUUGGGUGAUGUCGCAGCUGGCAAAGAGCAAACCUUCGGUACCCUGGCUGCUCGAUCACUUUCCUUCAUUGGCGGAAAACUACAUUAUGGACAUCCGGAUUUUUUGAACGCCAUUUUUAUGACCACACGUGGUGGGGUUUCAAAAGCACAAAAAGGUCUUCAUCUGUCCGAAGAUAUCUACGCUGGUAUGAACGCCUUUGGACGAGGUGGUAGGAUCAAGCAUACAGAGUACUAUCAAUGUGGUAAAGGUCGAGAUCUCGGUUUUGGGACGAUUCUCAACUUUCAAACUAAGGUCGGCACUGGUAUGGGUGAACAAAUGUUGUCCAGAGAGUACUACUAUCUGGGAACUCAACUCCCACUAGAUCGUUUUUUGACAUUUUACUACGCUCAUCCUGGAUUCUUCAUCAACAACAUGCUCGUUAUUUUCGCUGUUCAAUGUUUCAUGUUUACCAUGGUGUUCCUCGGAACACUCAAUAGCUCACUAACUAUUUGUAAGUACAAUUCGGAGGGCCAGUUCGUCGGAUCCCCGGGUUGUUACAACCUUGUCCCUACGUAUGACUGGAUCAAACGAUGUAUCGUGUCUAUAUUUAUCGUAUUUUUCAUUGCCUUUUUGCCCCUGUUCUUGCAAGAAUUGACGGAGAGAGGCGUAAUCUCAGCAAUCAUUCGUCUCGGCAAGCAGCUGGGCUCCUGUUCACCAGUCUUCGAGGUCUUCAGUACUCAAAUCCAGUCGCAUGCAUUAUUGACGGACAUGACCUUUGGUGGCGCACGUUAUAUCGCUACCGGACGAGGGUUUGCUACCACCCGGAUCUCGUUCGCAAUUCUGUACUCUCGUUUUGCUGGGCCUAGUAUUUAUCUCGGGAUGAGAACACUCUGCCUAUUGUUGUAUGUGACGAUGAGUUUAUGGAUGCCGGCGAUUAUCUACUUUUGGGUAUCCGUACUGGCUCUCUGUCUAGCCCCAUUCAUCUUCAACCCUCAUCAAUUCAGUUUCACGGACUUCAUCAUCGACUAUCGAGAGUUUCUUAGAUGGAUGUGUCGAGGUAACAGUCGUUCGCAUGCUAACUCUUGGAUUGGCUAUUGUCGACUCUCUCGAACACAAAUCACCGGAUUCAAGAAGAAACGACUUGGAUUGCCCUCUGAGAAACUUUCGGCUGAUGUUCCCAGAGCCGGAUGGAAAGUCAUCCUACUCUCACAGAUCCUGGCCCCUACGUUUUUGGCCAUUAUCUUAUCGGUCGCAUACAUGUUUGUCAAGUCCUUUAGCGACCCGCCAGUCAAUGCUUUGCUGCGAUUGGCAAUCGUUUCUCUCGGCCCAGUCGCAUUCAACGCCCUCACUCUGCUUAUCCUAUUCAUGACCUCCCUCUUCUUUGGCCCGGCGUUAUCGACCUGCUGUACAAGGUUUGGAUCCACGAUGGCUGCCAUUGCCCACGUUAUGGGGGUACUCGGGCUGGUUGGGUUCUUUGAGUUUCUGUGGUUCAUUGAACUUUGGAACAUCUCCCAUGCAGUCUUGGGGAUGAUCGCGACGAUUGCGAUCCAGCGAGCAUUAUUUAAGAUGCUGAUAGCCUGCGUCUUGAGUCGUGAGUUCAAACACGAUGAGACUAACAGGGCUUGGUGGACCGGGAAGUGGUAUGGACGUGGUCUUGGUAGUCACGCUUGGUCCCAACCCGUUAGAGAAUUCUUGGUCAAAAUCGUCGAGAUGUCACUCUUUAGUGCAGAUCUCUUGACUUGUCAUUUCAUCAUGAUCCUCUUAUCGAUUCCACUACUAAUCCCAUUCUCCAAUCGAGUACACUCGACCAUGUUAUUAUGGUUGAGACCUAGCAAGCAAAUCCGACCGCCUAUCUUCUCAUUCAAGCAACGCGCCCAACGUCGGAAGAUAGUAGCGAGUUACGGCUUACUCUAUGCGCUCUCGAUCGGAUCUCUAAUCGCCUUGAUCGUCCUUCCGAUCGUCUUCAGGGGGUCGUUAGAUGAAGCUAAUUGUGCAAUUUGUCGCAGCAUUUGAAGAAGGCUGUUUUGGCUGGAUCUUUUCUUUUCUAUCCUCUCCUCUUUUUUACAAUCUUUUCACUUGUGGUUCUCUGUAUGACUCUAAUUUUUUCCCGAUCUCGAUCUCUUCUUAUAGUCCUCCCUGGUUUCUUCGCUUACAUGCUUUAGAGGCCCAAUGUGGUAUUUAAUCUUCGUAGUUAGUCAUCCUCAGUACCUUUCGUUCAGCCAAUUAGUUUACUUAUAUACUCUUAUCAUCUUCAUCAUCAUCCGCUUGUCUAUUCACUCCUUAUCAAUCAACAGCAUAUUAUCUCUUUCUCUCUGUCUCUACUCUUCUCAUUCUUUGUAUUUUUUUCCCUUUGCCUACUUCAUUAUUUUCUCAAUUCAAAAUGAACCAAAAACUCUCCUUCUCCUAUGACUACUACAACUACUACCAACUAGAACUACUAUUACUUACACUAACUACUGAAUAAAUGCAUGUGUUGACUUGUGUUAAUGUUAAUAAUUGUUUGUUUGUCCUCAAAACACCUUUUUUUCCUCUUUUUUUCUUUUCUGAAAAGUAUACUUGUGUCCCUCCAUGCUUUUCCUUUCUUUCAAAUUUUGUUGAGGAAAAAAAUGUGAUCUAUAUGUAUGAAGAUGUAGGUAAUAUGUAGGCAUAUACAUAUAUUGAUAUAAUUUUCCAGAUUUCUUUUUUAGUUGAGCUUCCCUUGUCCUCAAGUUCUGAACCC